AAGAAGCAGGCGGCAAUGGCGAGGCAUCGCCUCCUUGCCCUGCUCCUCAUCGGGGUAGUGGUGGCCUCCACCUUCCACCAAGCGGCCGCUGCUGGCCGAGGCCUGGCUGCUGUCGAGAAGCUCCCAGAGCCGGAGCCUAAGCCUGUGCCGUAUCCAGAGCCAAAGCCUGAACCCAAACCGGAGCCAAUGCCACAGCCAGAACCCAAACUAGAACCUAAACCAGAGCCAAUGCCCAAGCCCAUGCCACAGCCACAGCCAAAGCCAAAACCAGAACCCAAACCAGAACCUAAACCGGAGCCAAAACCAGAGCCCAAGCCUGAACCAAUGCCCAAACCACUGCCUAAGCCAGAGCACAAACAUGAACCUAAGCCUGAACCGCUGCCUAAGCCAGAACCAAAACCCAAACCUGAACAUAAACCCAAGCCUGAACCAUUGCCUAAGCCAGAGCCAAAACCAGAACCCAAGCCUGAACCUAAGCCUAUGCCUGAGCCUAAACCCGAGCCUAAGCCUGAACCUAAACCUAUCCCUCAGCCCAAACCUGAGCCCAAGCAUGAACCCAAACCUAAGCCAGAGCCUAAACCAAUGCCUAAGCCUGAACCUAAGCCAGAGCCCAAACCGGAGCCAAAGCCGGAACCAAUGCCUAAACCUGAACCAAAGCCAGAGCCUAAACCGGAGCCUAAGCCAGAGCCCAAGCCGAAACCAAUGCCUAAACCUGAACCAAAGCCCGAGCCUAAACCAGAGCCCAAGCCUGAACCUGAACCCAAAUCAGAGCCGCCACCAAAGGGCAAACCACCGUCAACUGACAUUUGAUAGAUUACACGUUGUCCGAGCCCGGAGCUAGCUUAUGGCUCGUCAGAACAUGCUAUUCCUGGAAUAAGUGGCGUUGUGAUACCACCUCUAGAUAGUGAAGCUUGCACCUUUUCGUAUUUCAUGUAUUCCAUUCCUCUUGUCUUUUAUCCAUGUAUGCACGAUGAGUGUCACGAUUUCUUUGAUUAUGUUUUACUUGUUUCUCGAUUGUUCAUGUUUAUCUGUCUACCUGACUCGCCAUACUCCUUAUGUAUGUACGUGCAUUGAUUGUUUUUUCCUCAAAUAUAGAGAUUUUUUCUCUAGCCUC